UGAUUGCUGUUUCACGCACACAUUCAAACAGCUGCCGCUGUUAUCUGUCAUAAAUCGUACCCGGAAUAAACAAACCGGCUGCAAGCAAAUCGUUUCUAAAUACACAAGUGAAAAUAGUCUCGUCGUGUAAUUUGCUACGCGCUGCUGAUUGUCUGCAUUCCGGAUAAUGAUAGUUCGACCGGAACUAGGCUAAAAACGACUAUUGAAACAAACUUUUCAAUGAAGCAGUUGCUACCAUCUUCAUCGCCGUCAGUACGGAAAAUGAAAUCGAAAGAAGCCAACUACGAUCCCAACAUUCACCGUUUACCGUGGUACGGCGGUUUGCUGCUGGUUGCAUUAGUGGCGUUCUGUGGUACGGGUAGUUAUCUGUCCUUCUUCUACCUGCCACCGGCACUUACCAAAGCUGAUCUUGACCACCACCCGUUCGCGUUCAAUGGUGCUCGUGCAUGGGAUAGCCUAACGCGGCUAGAUGCACUCGGUCCAAAGACUACCGGCUCGCGAGCCAACGAAGAACAGGCAGUUCAGGUGCUGGAACAUGAGUUUACUCUCAUCAACGCUUCACGCCAUCCAGCCCAGGAAGUGCUGUACGAGAAACAGAUAGUAUCGGGCCAGUAUGGAAUCAAUUUCUUCGGCAGUCCAAUGACUAGCGUGUAUCGUCGGGUGCAGAACUUGAUCGUGAAGCUCGCAGGCGUCGAGGAUCAGCAUGCGUUAAUGCUGAACUGUCAUUUCGAUUCCGUGGCCAGCAGCCCGGGAGCGAGCGAUGAUUGCGGUAGCUGUGCGGUCAUGCUGGAAAUUCUGCGCGUAUUGUCACGUGCCGCACAACGAAACCGUCAUCCGAUCGUGUUUCUGUUCAACGGUGCCGAAGAAACACCACUGCAGGCUUCACAUGGUUUCAUCACCGGGCAUCGGUGGGCGCAGAAAGUGCGUGCCUUUCUUAACCUCGAAUCGGCCGGAUCCGGUGGCAAAGAGCUGCUGUUCCAGAGCGGUCCCCAGCAUCCGUGGCUAAUCGAGGCGUACUCGCGUGCCGUCCGGCAUCCAUUCGGUCAAGCGAUCGGUGAAGAAAUCUUUCAGUCUGGACUCAUACCAUCCGAUACGGAUUUUCGCAUCUUCCGUGAUUUUGGCCACGUACCGGGUCUGGACUUUGCGCACAUUUUUAACGGAUACCGGUACCACACACGGUUCGAUUCGGUGCAGUACCUUUCGCCAGCGGUUUUACAGCGUACCGGUGAUAAUAUGCUUUCCUUGGUGCGUCUUCUUGCCAAUGGCGACCAGUUGGUUCGCAGUGGUGAGCAGUCCGAAGGAAGCAUGGUAUUUUUUGAUUUCUUGGGUCUCUUUUUCGUCUCAUACUCGGCGCUCGAGGGUACGGUAUUGAAUAUAGUGAUAUCGAUUACUGGAUUGCUGGUUGGCUGCUGGAGCGUGCUUUCCAUCGUCGGUUGGCAUCACUGGCGCUCAAUGGCACUGGAAGUAUUGCAUGGAUUUGUGGCUACGUUGGUCGCUGCGGGUGCGGCAAUCGGAUUUAAUCUUGCUACUGCGUUCGCGCUGGAUUACGCUGUAGAUCGCUCGAUGUCGUGGUAUUCAUCGUGCUGGCUUGUGAUCGGUCUGUAUUGCGUCCCGUCCAUGGUACUGCUGUUUGUUGCUCACCGGGAAUUCCACCGGCUGUUUAGCAAAGCGAAGACUGUCCUUCAGCUAACAUUGACCGUACAAGCUCGUAUUACCGGUGUGUACCUCUUUUGGUCGCUAAUUACAAUUGGUGCCACUGCCUUUGGACUCCGGUCAGCUUACGUUAUCGCUAUCUUACUCACACUGGCUCUGUUCAGCACUGUGCUAAUCACCGUACUGAAACUACAAUCGUUCCCGUCCGGAUAUUGGCUCAUCAUUUACCUCAUCACGCACAGUGUCGCUCUUCUCUGGACAACACAGUUUUAUCACAUUUUCACCAACAUCUUCAUUCCCAUUACGGGUCGUUCGGGUGCGAAUGAUAAUCCGGAAUUCAUCAUCGGUACUGUUGCAGCGGCUUGCACGAUUUUUUCAACCAGCUUCCUUGUUCCACUCGUCAACUUGCUGCGUAAACCGUACCGUACAAUCUGCACACUACUGGCUCUAUAUUUGAUCGCGCUGACAUUGGCCAUUGUUUCCCCGAUCGGGUUCCCUUACAGUGGCCCUGGUGAUACACCUGCCGAUGCUCCCAAAGUGCAGCGCAUUCUCGUGCAGCAUACGGUUCGUCAAUUUUUCCAACCCAACGAUACGCAAACGGUACGUUCAGCAGACGCAGGUUAUCUGUUUCGUCUUUGGGAUCGUCACAACGAGCGUACGGUGCGGGAUAUGCUCGAAGCGCAGUUUGGCAAAGCUGUUGGUACGAAUGCCCUGUAUCCAACCAACCUACCCGAAUGCAAAGCGGAAGUUUUCUGUGGAUUACCCGGUUCUGCAGUAAGGUUUACUUCACUUUGGUCACCUCAGCUAAACCGGCCACACACACCGGAGAUGGUGCUGCUAUCCUUGAAUGGUUGGGAAACUGUGCGCCGUACUGUAACCGGUUCCUCGGUAAAGCUGACGUUUAGCCUCAACGGAAGCUUUCAAUCAUCUUUACUUAUACGUCCAAGGCGUAACGUAACGCUGAUGGACUGGAAUCUCACACCGGAUGUUCCCGCACAGCUAGCAACCGGAGGACAUAAAGCAUACUUCGUACUCAUCACUCAUGGGCUUGCCGGUGACCCGGUAACGUUGACACUGGAGCUUGAAGUAGAUAGAAACCCGGAUUCGGUUGAGCCUUUUGUGGAUAUUAGUGUAACGUCCAAUUUCUGGGAGUACCACCAACACUUCACUGACGAAUUCAACCGUUUUGUGUCGUCAUUUCCUAGCUGGGCACACGUAGUACCAUCCGUAACAGUGGUCAACGUUUACAGUUUUUAAAAUUUGUUUCUCAUGUUUACACAACUACGUUAUUUUAAUCGAACUGAAAUAAAGGAAGAUGGGAUAAUUUUUAAAUAA